AUGGACGGCGGCGGAAAGGAAGUGAGCACGGCUGCUCCUGAGGACACGAGUGACAGCAAAGACGAGACCAAAUCUGCCACCCAGGAUGCGCCCACGGCGGGGGAUGAGAAGACUCCAGAGAAAGAGGCCAGCCCCAAAUCGAAGGAGGCCGACGUGAAUGAGGAGCCCAGGGCCGAGCCCAGGACAGCCCUAGGAGAGCAGGAGCCCGCAGCUGGGGCCCCCGAGAAAGUCGAGGCCCCCGCAGCCCCAGCAGAUUCUGAGAAGACCGGUGUUGGGGACACACAGGCCCAGCCAAAGGAGGAGGGCUCCCAGGAGGAGGUGAAGCCAGACGGUCCCCAUGAAGAGCGGGUCCAGGGUGUGGAGAAAGAAUCAGAGGAAGGGGCAGGAGGGGUCCCCAGCUCCCCCGAGGUGUGGCCCGAGAGCCCCACGGAGGAGGGGUUCAGCCUCAGCCCAGAUGGGCUGAGUCCAGACGCUGCAGUUUCUGGGCAGACCAGUCCUUCGGCCAGUGAAUCCUCUGCCAGCGAUGUGCCGCAGAGUCCCACGGAGCCGCCUCCCACCCAGGAGAAGAAAAAGGAGAAAGCGCCGGAGCGCAGGGCGAGCGCCCCCUCCCGGCCGCGUGGGGCCCGCGCACAGAACCGCAAAGCCAUCGUGGACAAGUUUGGCGGGGCCGCCUCGGGCCCCACCGCGCUGUUCCGCAACCCCAAGGCGGCGGGGGCGGCCAUCGGCAGCGUCAAGAGCAUGCUGCUGGAGUGGUGCCGCGCCAUGACCAGAAACUACGAGCACGUGGACAUCCAGAACUUCUCGUCGAGCUGGAGCAGCGGCAUGGCCUUCUGCGCGCUCAUCCACAAGUUCUUCCCCGACGCCUUCGACUACGCGGCGCUGGACCCUGCGCAGCGCCGGCACAACUUCACCCUGGCCUUCUCCACGGCAGAGACGAUGGCCGACUGUGCCCAGCUGCUGGAGGUGGAUGACAUGGUGCGGCUGGCAGUGCCUGACUCCAAGUGCGUCUACACCUACAUCCAGGAGCUCUAUCGCAGCCUCGUGCAGAAGGGGCUGGUGAAGACCAAGAAGAAAUGAGGCCUGGCCUGGCCCGGCGGACAGAGGUGGACAUGUUGCAGCCAAGGGUGGGUGGAACUGGCCUUAACUGUUAG